AUGCCGCCCAAGAAGAAGACCGACGCCCGUGGAGGCGUGCCGAAGCCUGGCACAAAGCAGGCGAAAGCCGCCGCCGAGAAGACCGCGGAGAAUGCAAAGAAAGCUGCGCAACAGCCAGCGGAUGAGCAGAAGAAGCCUUCGGUCAAGCAAGUUAUUGGUGGCGCAUCAUGGACAGGGAAAUUACCCGUUAAUAUGAUGUCGGAGCAUUGUCAGAAGCAUAAGUGGGAGAAACCGGAGUAUACCAUGGAUAAAAUCGGAGGAGGCUUUGUCGCUUCUGUCAUAUUGCGCCGCGUUGACCCAAAGACAAGAGAAACCACUACACUACCUACCCUGAGAUUGCCGGCUGGAUUCAAGCAGCCCACAGCGCUCGAAGCUCGCCAUUAUGCUGCGACAUGGGCUUUAUUCCACGUAUGCAACAAGACAAACCUACAUAUGAUGCUUCCGCCGACCUUUAAGAAGCUCUGGAAAGAGGACUUUGAGAAGCUGAAGGCCGCGGAUCUGAAGAAAGGCGAUGGCUGGUUAUACGAAGCGGACCCUUUUCUCGCUAAGAGAGAAAGAGACAGUGCAGCUGCUGAUCUAGAGAAGAAACAACAAAGGGACCGUGAGCUAGCGCAGGCGAAACCAAAUGACUCUGCAGCGAAUCUGGGCCUCGGACCCAGUAGCCAGAGUAAAGGAACCAAGGCCUGGUCGAGCGCUCCCAAAGUGGACUUGGGGAACAGGAUUCGUCGUGACAUCGAGACACUGGUGCAGGAACACGCGCUAUGGAAUCCCUAUGGUGUGAAGAUUCCCGAGUCCGAGCGCGAGGCUCUCGUCGAAGAAUUCACCGCGUUAGGGUUUAGGAAGAGCCACAUCGAGGAGGCUAGCGCUGCAUGUAAAGACCGCGAGGAGGUUCUUGAGUGGCUGCUUAUUUAUGUACCAGAAGACGACCUGCCACCCUGGUGUUUGCCUGAGAGGUACUCGGUGGGUGUAACUCUGGUCAGCGAUGAUCUCGCAAGGGAAGCCAAAAUCAAACGCCUUGCAUCGACCGGUUACCCAGCAGAGCUGUGUGCACGGACGCUGGAUAGUAAGAAGGGCGAUGAAUUUGCUGCAGCUGAGUUUCUUCAGAGUACUCUUGUCCAUGGAACUACCUCCAGCAGCAUUGAAUCCCCAGAGGGCGAGGAUCUCUGGCAAGAAGAGCAGGAAACGCUGGAAGCAAUCUUUGGCGAACGAUAUACUGCAGUAUCGGCAAAAGUUUGCGAAAUCCAAUGCGAGCCUUCUAACAUUGCAGAAUCAAUGCGCCUUCGGUUUCAGAGACCGUCAAGGCACUAUCCGUCCUCGGUCCCAAUCGUCUUCAUUCAAGCGGAGAACAUUCCUGCUUACAUCCGUCUCAGUGCCAUUCGCCGGGCCAUUCAAUUCGCCGAGGAGAAUUUUUUGGGGGAACAAAUGAUCUACAAUAUAAUCGACUGGUUGGAGACUCACUUACCAGAGAUCAUACAAGACCCCGGGAAAUUGCGAGAUAUUUCAACGAUAUCAUCGCCCCUAGACACCUCCGAAUCUACCCUCGAACUUCCCACGCGACAGCGCCACAAGAAUACAAGGGGGACUGACUGGUCAGCAGGAUCAUCCAAGAGUCUUGUCAUCAAGGAGGCUUGGGAGGCAAAACAGUUGACCAAGCCUCAAUUGUCCAUGCUUCAACAGCGGGAAUCUCUACCUGCGUGGAAUACGCAAGAUGCAAUCGUACAUGCUGUGAAUACAUAUCAGGUCACGAUCAUCUCUGGAGAGACGGGUAGCGGUAAGAGUACACAAUCAGUCCAGUUUGUGCUCGAUGAUAUGAUCAAGAAAGGACUUGGGGCAGCGGCAAAUAUCAUCUGUACCCAACCUCGAAGGAUCUCUGCGCUGGGAUUAGCAGAUCGAGUAAGCGACGAACGAUGCUCAUCAGUCGGUGAUGAGGUUGGAUACAUCAUCAGAGGCGAAUCGAAAGUCAAACCUGGAGCGACAAAAAUCACAUUUGUCACAACCGGUGUGUUGCUUCGCCGGAUACAAGCAGGCAGUGGCACUGGGGAUAUCGCAGGCUCUCUUUCUGAUGUCACUCAUGUGGUGGUCGACGAAGUCCACGAGCGUAGCCUCGAUACAGACUUCCUCCUGGCCCUCUUGAGAGACAUUUUGCGCCAUCGCAAAGACCUCAAGGUGAUAUUGAUGAGUGCUACGCUUGAUGCCGAUAUUUUCACAAAAUACUUCGGAGGCCGGCAGUCUGUAGGACUUGUCAACAUUCCUGGACGGACAUACCCCGUGGACGAUUACUAUUUGGAUGAUGUAGUCCGCGAUACUGGAUUUGUGCCAGAACUCACCGAGCGAGGAUUUGAAGAGGACAUGGCUCCGUCUCCAGCGGCUGAGGAGUCAUUUGGCAAGAUCCUCCGUUCCAUUGGGAUGGGCAUCAACUACGAAUUAAUCGCUGCCACUGUGCGGUAUAUUGACGCAAUACUACAGGAUCAGCCAGGCGGAAUCCUGAUCUUCUUGCCGGGAACCAUGGAGAUCGAUCGCUGCUUGGCUGCCGUGAGGAGAAUUCCCAACACCCAUGCACUACCUCUCCAUGCAUCCCUCCUUCCCGCCGAGCAGCGACGAGUCUUCCUAAGCGCUCCAAAGGGGAAGAGAAAGGUUAUCGCAGCCACCAACGUUGCCGAAACCUCAAUUACGAUUGAGGACAUCGUCGCCGUCAUUGACACAGGCCGUGUCAAGGAAACUAGUUACGAUCCGAAAGACAACAUGGUUCGACUACAAGAGGUAUGGGCAUCACAGGCAGCUUGUAAGCAACGGCGGGGACGAGCAGGUCGUGUCAGGGCCGGUACGUGCUACAAGCUGUACACGCGCAAAGCAGAGGCAAGCAUGCCGCAGCGACCAGAUCCCGAAAUUCGGCGUGUUCCCCUAGAACAGCUCUGUCUCUCUGUGCGCUCUAUGCAGGGCAUCGACGACGUUGCCUCCUUCUUAGCAAACACUAUCACUCCCCCAGAAAGCAUUGCAGUUGAAGGCGCCCUUAACUUCCUUCACCGCGUCGGAGCCCUUGACCACGACAAGCUCACGGCCCUGGGUCGAUACCUCUCCAUGAUCCCGGCCGACCUGCGCUGCGCAAAAUUGAUGGUCUACGGCUCCAUCUUCAACUGCAUCGACGCCUGUAUCACCAUUGCCGCCAUCCUCACUGUCAAAUCACCUUUUGUUUCUCCGCGCGAGAGACGAGAAGAGGCAAACGCUGCCCGAGCCUCCUUCUCCAAGGGCGAUGGUGACCUGUUAACAGACCUGGCAGCCUUCCAAGAGUGGUCCGACCUCGUCAAGGCCCAGGGCUACUGGUCCACGCAGUCAUGGUGCAACGCCCACUUCCUUUCUCAUCAAACCCUCCGCGAUAUCUCCUCAAACAGAGCUCAGUUUCUCACUUCCCUCAAGGACGCCGCUAUCAUCCCCGUCGACUACUCUGACUCAUCAUCCUCCUUCACCCGCCUCAAUCGCAAUGCCACAAACCGCCCGCUCCUCCGCGCCUUGAUUGCUGGCGCCUUCCAACCUCAAAUCGCGCGCAUCGCUUUCCCAGAUAAGAAAUUCCAGUCCUCAAUCACCGGAACCGUCGAGGUCGAUCCUGACGCCCGCACCAUCAAGUACUUCAACCAGGAAAACGGCCGCGUCUUUAUCCACCCAUCCUCGCUACUAUUUUCUGCUCAAGCCUACCCCAAUUCAGCCGCUUACAUGAGCUACUUCACCAAGAUGGAAACGUCAAAGGUGUUCAUUCGAGAUUUGACCCCAUUCAACGCCUACUCCCUCCUACUCUUCUGCGGCUCCAUCGACCUCGAUACAGCAGGCCGCGGCCUGAUCGUCGACGGCUGGCUGCGACUACGGGGAUGGGCACGCAUCGGUGUACUAGUUUCCCGGCUGCGCCUGAUGGUCGACGAAAUCAUCGCGGCGAGGAUCGAUAACCCUGCUUCAUAUCUUCAGGCUGUUUCUUCGUCUCCCUCGGGCAACAAAGGUGAGAAGAGUGGAGGCAUCGCGGAGCAGGUGAUUGACGUUGUGAAGAAGUUGAUUGAAUUCAAUGGUUUGGAUCAAUGA